AUGGGUCGAGCAUGGGAUGAUGCCUUCCUGGUCGGAAGGCGUGGUCGUGCGGACAUGCAAGACAUUGGAUGGGAACGGGUCGACCACGGAGCGAUGCUUCCCGGGUCGACCUGUGCGCUCGGCCUCAUGUAUGGAAGGUCAAUAGAUGGUGCAGGACAUGGCUCGACCGUGGGACGGUGUUUCCCGGGUCGGCCGACGCGCGAAGUCGAAGCGCGGCAUCGCGGUCAAGUGGUCUCCUUGAAUUCUGUUGAGUAUAAUGUUUUUAAGCUCUUCCCAAAGUUGAUGUUGCGGUAUGGAACUGGUUUAAAGUUGUUUUCCUAA